UAAAAGUUAUUUCUUUUACCAUUGGUAAGGAUCGCGUUGAACUACAGGGCAGUAAAAAAAAAAGAAAAAGAAAAAAGAAGAUAAAUCAGCGAAAAGUGCACCCUUUCUUUUUCACUUCAAUAAUAACAACAGACAACAGCGACCCACAGUGACUUUCAAAUAAUGAGCAAGAACAAUGAGCUUGUCGACGAUCUGGUCGCAAAACUCAAGAGGCGCCAACUUGUGGGAUCGUCAACUGUGGCGCAGGCGACACUCAAACUGCUGAUUGUAGUCAUUUCCAAGAACAACUGGACAACUUGCAAUCAACUUGUUACACUAGUUAAAUCAGUUGGUCGACGACUAGUUCAAGCCAAUCCUACUGAGCUUGCUGUUGGAAACAUCAUCCGUCGUGUCCUUCAUGUUAUCAGAGAAGAAUUUCGGGAGGCAGAGUCCAUUGCUUCGCAUAUGGACCAGAACGAGACCCAUUCAGCACCCCUCACCACUUCUUCGUCCAUGUACAACUUGCUUGGAGAAACAGGAUCAACUCCAGCAGAAAAAAAUGUUCAAUAUCCCAGUAGUUUGAGAAGUAAUAUUAUUCAAGAAAUUCGUGAAAUCAAGGAUGAAUUGGAGAACAUUUACGAAAACAUUAAAAACCAAGCCUCCCUUCAGAUCCACUCAAACGAAAUCAUUAUGACAGUCGGCCGAUCCAAGACAGUGGAAGAGUUCUUGAAGAUGGCUGCUGUUAAAAGAAAGUUUCAGGUCUUGGUUGCAGAGAGUGCACCCUCUUAUUCUGGACAAGAGAUGGCCCUUGAGCUCUCGAAAGCCGGUAUUGAGACGACUGUAAUCCCAGAUUCAGCUGUUUUCGCUGUCAUGUCUCGUGUCAACAAGGUCAUUCUCGGAACUCACGCUGUUCUUGCCAAUGGAGGGCUAGUGGCCAUUUCAGGGACACACAUGAUGGCAGCAGCAGCAAAACAUCACUCAAUCCCUGUGGUGGUAUGUACGGGAUUAUACAAACUCUCGCCCUUAUACCCAUAUGACGAGGAUAGUUUCAAUGUCACGUUCAAUCCUGAUUCCGUACUUGGAUUUGAAGAAGGCGAUCUGAUCGAGAAGGUGACUGUGACGAAUCCAUACUACGACUAUGUAUCACCCGAUUUUGUGAAUCUGUUCAUCACCAAUCAAGGUGGCCACCCGCCCUCUUACCUCUACCGUCUCAUUGUUGAGAACUACGAUCCAAACGAUCACACGUUUGAUCUUUAGAGAAUAAGGUGUC